UUUUUUUUUAUCCUCAGGUUCUAAAAUGCAGAUCUUCGUCAAGACACUCACGGGCAAGACCAUCACCCUUGAGGUUGAGCCAAGCGAUACUAUCGAAAAUGUAAAGGCUAAGAUCCAGGACAAAGAAGGCAUUCCCCCAGAUCAGCAGAGGCUGAUCUUCGCCGGCAAGCAGCUGGAAGAUGGGCGCACCCUGUCCGACUACAACAUCCAGAAAGAAUCCACCCUCCAUCUUGUCCUUCGUCUGAGGGGUGGUAUGCAGAUCUUCGUCAAGACCCUCACCGGCAAGACCAUCACCCUGGAGGUGGAGCCUAGCGACACCAUCGAGAACGUGAAGGCCAAGAUCCAGGACAAGGAAGGCAUCCCCCCAGAUCAGCAGAGGCUGAUCUUCGCCGGCAAGCAGCUGGAAGAUGGGCGCACCCUGUCUGACUACAACAUCCAGAAAGAAUCGACCCUCCAUCUUGUCCUUCGUCUGAGGGGUGGCAUGCAGAUCUUCGUCAAGACCCUCACCGGCAAGACCAUCACCCUGGAGGUGGAGCCAAGUGACACCAUUGAGAACGUGAAGGCCAAGAUCCAGGACAAGGAAGGCAUCCCCCCAGAUCAGCAGAGGCUGAUCUUCGCCGGCAAGCAGCUGGAAGAUGGGCGCACCCUGUCCGACUACAACAUCCAGAAAGAAUCCACCCUUCAUCUUGUCCUUCGUCUGAGGGGUGGUAUGCAGAUCUUCGUCAAGACCCUCACCGGCAAGACCAUCACCCUGGAGGUGGAGCCAAGUGACACCAUCGAGAACGUGAAGGCCAAGAUCCAGGACAAGGAAGGCAUCCCCCCAGAUCAGCAGAGGCUGAUCUUUGCCGGCAAGCAGCUGGAAGAUGGGCGCACCCUGUCUGACUACAACAUCCAGAAAGAAUCCACCCUCCAUCUUGUCCUUCGUCUGAGGGGUGGUAUGCAGAUCUUCGUCAAGACCCUCACCGGCAAGACCAUCACCCUGGAGGUGGAGCCUAGCGACACCAUCGAGAACGUGAAGGCCAAGAUCCAGGACAAGGAAGGCAUCCCCCCAGAUCAGCAGAGGCUGAUCUUCGCCGGCAAGCAGCUGGAAGAUGGGCGCACCCUGUCUGACUACAACAUCCAGAAAGAAUCCACCCUCCAUCUUGUCCUUCGUCUGAGGGGUGGCAUGCAGAUCUUCGUCAAGACCCUCACCGGCAAGACCAUCACUCUGGAGGUGGAGCCAAGCGACACCAUCGAGAACGUGAAGGCCAAGAUCCAGGACAAGGAAGGCAUCCCCCCAGAUCAGCAGAGGCUGAUCUUCGCCGGCAAGCAGCUGGAAGAUGGGCGCACCCUGUCUGACUACAACAUCCAGAAAGAAUCCACCCUCCAUCUUGUCCUUCGUCUGAGGGGUGGCAUGCAGAUCUUCGUCAAGACCCUCACCGGCAAGACCAUCACCCUGGAAGUGGAGCCAAGCGACACCAUCGAGAACGUGAAGGCCAAGAUCCAGGACAAGGAAGGCAUCCCCCCAGAUCAGCAGAGGCUGAUCUUCGCCGGCAAGCAGCUGGAAGAUGGGCGCACCCUGUCUGACUACAACAUCCAGAAAGAAUCGACCCUCCAUCUUGUCCUUCGUCUGAGGGGUGGCAUGCAGAUCUUCGUCAAGACCCUCACCGGCAAGACCAUCACCCUGGAGGUGGAGCCAAGCGACACCAUUGAGAACGUGAAGGCCAAGAUCCAGGACAAGGAAGGCAUCCCCCCAGAUCAGCAGAGGCUGAUCUUCGCCGGCAAGCAGCUGGAAGAUGGGCGCACCCUGUCUGACUACAACAUCCAGAAAGAAUCCACCCUCCAUCUUGUCCUUCGUCUGAGGGGAGGGCAUUGAACCAUGCAGAUCUUUGUCAAAACCCUGACUGGCAAGACCAUCACCCUUGAGGUGGAGCCCAGUGACACCAUAGAAAAUGUUAAAGCUAAGAUCCAGGACAAGGAAGGCAUCCCCCCAGAUCAGCAGCGGCUGAUCUUCGCCGGCAAGCAGCUGGAAGAUGGGCGCACCCUGUCUGACUACAACAUCCAGAAAGAAUCCACCCUCCAUCUUGUCCUUCGUCUGAGGGGUGGCAUGCAGAUCUUCGUCAAAACCCUCACCGGCAAGACCAUCACCCUGGAGGUGGAGCCUAGCGACACCAUCGAGAACGUGAAGGCCAAGAUCCAGGACAAGGAAGGCAUCCCCCCAGAUCAGCAGAGGCUGAUCUUCGCCGGCAAGCAGCUGGAAGAUGGUCGCACCCUGUCCGACUACAACAUCCAGAAAGAAUCCACCCUCCACCUUGUCCUGCGUCUGAGGGGUGGCAUGCAGAUCUUCGUCAAGACCCUCACUGGCAAGACCAUCACCCUGGAGGUGGAGCCAAGUGACACUAUCGAGAACGUCAAGGCUAAGAUCCAGGACAAGGAAGGCAUCCCCCCAGAUCAGCAGAGGCUGAUCUUCGCCGGCAAGCAGCUGGAAGAUGGGCGCACCCUGUCUGACUACAACAUCCAGAAAGAAUCUACCCUCCAUCUUGUUCUCCGUCUCAGGGGGGGGCAUUGAACCAUGCAGAUCUUCGUCAAGACCCUCACUGGCAAGACCAUCACCCUGGAGGUGGAGCCAAGUGACACUAUCGAGAACGUCAAGGCUAAGAUCCAGGACAAGGAAGGCAUCCCCCCAGAUCAGCAGAGGCUGAUCUUCGCCGGCAAGCAGCUGGAAGAUGGGCGCACCCUGUCCGACUACAACAUCCAGAAAGAAUCCACCCUCCAUCUUGUCCUUCGUCUGAGGGGUGGUAUGCAGAUCUUCGUCAAGACCCUCACCGGCAAGACCAUCACCCUGGAGGUGGAGCCUAGCGACACCAUAGAGAACGUGAAGGCCAAGAUCCAGGACAAGGAAGGCAUCCCCCCAGAUCAGCAGAGGCUGAUCUUCGCUGGCAAGCAGCUGGAAGAUGGGCGCACCCUGUCCGACUACAACAUCCAGAAAGAAUCCACCCUCCAUCUUGUCCUUCGUCUGAGGGGUGGUAUGCAGAUCUUCGUCAAGACCCUCACCGGCAAGACCAUCACCCUGGAGGUGGAGCCUAGCGACACCAUCGAGAACGUGAAGGCCAAGAUCCAGGACAAGGAAGGCAUCCCCCCAGAUCAGCAGAGGCUGAUCUUCGCCGGCAAGCAGCUGGAAGAUGGGCGCACCCUGUCCGACUACAACAUCCAGAAAGAAUCCACCCUUCAUCUUGUCCUGCGUCUGAGGGGAGGCCAGUGAAUUUCUCCAAUAUUUUAAUUCAAUUUGAGUGCAAUCCCUGACCUAAUAAAGCAUUGCACAUUAA